AUGAAAAAUCAUUAUGACACUUUAGGCUUAGAGAGGAAUGCUUAACCUAACCAAAUCAAGAAAGCCUAUCAUAAAUUGGCCCUUCAGUGGCAUCCAGAUAAGAAUAGUGAUUUUAAGGCAACUGAUUAAUUUCACUAAAUAAAUGAAGCCUAUACUACCCUAUCCAAAGAAGAAUCGAAAACAAAAUACGACAAAAGACUCUAAACCAGAGAUAAUUUGAAUGAUCUGUUAAACUAUAUUAAAUCGUAACAGGAAGAACCAUUUCUAUAAUAUGAUACAAGAGAUGAUUUUAUAUCACAAGAGGAUCGGGAAUUCUUAAGAAACUUUUCAAAUAAACAAGAGAUAGAAACAAUUAAAAAAAAGAGAAUUCGAAAAAAAAAAUGA